AUGUCGCUGCCCUUGGCGACGUUGAGGGAGCUCCAGAAGCUCGCAGUACUCAAAGCAAAGGGCGUGGUCCUUUUCAAGAAACAUGUGAGGGAGGGCAACUCCCUCUCGAGCGAAGACUGGGAGGCGUUCGAUUUGGUGUGUGACCUGAGGAGCAGCGGCGUGUUCUCGGAAAAAGAGUGGACCACGCCGGUUGAUGGAGAUGUCUCGGGCAUCAUCAACAGCGCUCGCCCUACACUGACUGUCUUCAGACCACGCUGCUGUCGUUUGCAUCCGGAAAGCGUUUCUAGCGACGAAGACACUCGUGAUCUGCUAGCAGCACGGGGGGUCAUUUUGGGACCGUGCAGUACGACGGAAGCGCGCAGGCAGCGGACCUGCGAAGAGAGUCUGGUCCUUCGGGACGACACAGCGGCGAAGUAG